GUCAAAUAUGAAAUAACCGGCUUUCGGCUUGCUAAAGAAAAACUAGACUAGAAAAAGUAAACAUUAAAAAAACACAAACUAAACCGUAAACAAGCAUUCCAAAAAAAGAAAAUAGGAAACCCCAUGUUUUCAUUACCUUCAAUUUUUUAGAUACAUGAAAUUAGUAAAUAUUUAACAUCUAGCUUGAAAAAUACAAAGAGAAUGUUCCAGGGAAUCAAGCAGUUGGAAGAAAAAAAUGUCGCCAGCGAAAUUAACUGCAUGGUGUGGAGUAGCCGGAUGGAUUUGGUAGCAUUUUCCAAUGCAAAGGGUGAGGUGGCACUACAUAGACUAUCCUGGACAAGGGCCUGGGUCUUGAGCCCGCCAAAGGAAGGCCAAACAGUCAAUAAUAUAGCUUGGCGUCCCGACGGAAAAGUACUUGCCAUCGCAUAUAAAGAUGGCAGCAUCCUACUUAUUAAUAUCGAAACAAAAGCUGUCUUAAAUAAAUUUGAUAUCGCUGGGGAAAUAACUUUUGUAUCCUGGGUACAAGAGAAAGUUGAAGUUAAGCCCAAGAAUAUUUAUAAGUUGAAAGAUGAAGAUAAGGAUAUAUCGAAGUUUGUUGAUCUGUCAAAACCCUAUAUAAGAGAUCCACCACCAGUAUCUCAUUUAGAGGGUUCCAUAAACUUUGAAGACAUCAAAGGUUUAACUAGUUUUCUGCAAGAACAGUCUGAAUUUAAUUUGUUAAUAAUAGGAACCAAAGAAGGAAUUCUACAUGUAAGAGUGUUUGGAUGUUGGAAUUGUUUAGUAUUAAACGUAAGCGAUAAAGUUGGCUACAAAUGUUCAAUACAAAAUGCUCAUUUUACUGAAGAUUUAAGUAAACUAUUUAUUACUGUAACUGAUGAAGAAAAUAACAUUCAUACAAUUUUGUUUGAUUCAAAUAUAUUUAAAGCUCAUAGUGGGGAAUUGUACCAUGUUACAAUGAAAUACAUUAAAAUAUAUGAGUUGAUAUUAUAUCUUGCCAAAAUUUUGACGAGUAUAACUGAAACUUGGGAGAGCAUUUUAUUGGAAAUUGAUAAGAAGCUUGCUAAAUAUGCUAGUCAAGUACCCGAAGGAGGUGUCACAGCAGAUUUUCUGGCAUUACUUAUGCAAGGCCUAUGUUCAGAAAGGCUUGAAGAAUUUCUAAUAUGUGAUUUGACUAAAAAAGGCUUGGAAAAAUUUGGACAGACCAUGGAAGUCAGCUACUCUAAUAUUCAAUCUUACUUAUUCAGACAUAUUAUUAAGUAUUCACAAAAUGGGACUUUUCAUUUGUCAGAGUUGAAGGGGAUGGCGAAGUUUGAAGAGAGAUUUGGGGUUAUUGGUUUGGACGAAGACCUCAUCCAGAAAGCAAUUCGCUCGAACGGUGCUUUCGUCAUCAAAGCUGGGGAAAUGCAACAAAUCAUCAACCAUUCAGUCAUCAACUAUAAAGCAUUCUUUCGUUGGUUAUACGCUUCCAUCAUGCACCUUAUGGAAGAACCUAUUCCUUCGGAAAUUCAAAAAAUGACCCAGCAAGAUCUGGCUUGUAUAACAGAGUUUCUAAAAAAUUUCGAUAGUUAUGGGCAAAAAGAGGGUGAGGAAGGAGGUAGUCAGCAGUUUAUUAUGGAACGUCUGGGCCAGUAUUUGGUUAAUGAAGAUUUAAUUAUAAAACCUGACAUGAGUGGAAAUGAUUGGACUCAGUUUAUUGAGGACAAUGAAUGUUUGAAAAACAAUAGCAACAUAUUGACACAUUAUGAGGAUAAAUCUUUAGUACAAGUUUUCAAUGAGCUCAAAGAUAAUAUUGAAAAAGUAUUUCAGUCGCCUCUAGCUGCCAUUGAAAAAACUAUAGAACCAAUAAGCAAGUUUGAUUGUUUCAAUUUUGGCACAAGUGAGAUAAAAAUUUCUUCUAUAAACAUUUCGAAUGAUAUGUUACUGAUAGCUCUUCUCAAACCUUCAAAAAGUAUUUAUUUGCUCCAAGUAUUGUUUGAUAGUCAACGGAAUUGUCAGGCAAGAUGUGGCAAUUUUUUCUUUAAUGCUGAAGAACAAUUACUUACAAUCGUGGAUACGCAAUUUUAUUCUCCGAGUAUAUUGUCAAUACUUCUACAAGAAACUGAUGAGAAUAAUAAACGGGGAGGUAUUCUCCAAUUAUCAAUGGCCUCAGCUCUAGAGCAACUUAUAGAAGUGAAUUUAUUCUCUCAAUUAACUGAAGAAAAUAUUCCAAAUAUCAAUGGUUGGACUUUAGGACAAAGGCAUUUCAAAAGCGUUGAAAUGCCAGUGACUCAAUUUUCAGUUUCAGGGACCCGCAGAGUCAGUAUAGUUUUAUCUGAGAAUAAACGCAAAGUUAAAUUAUUUGAAAUGGAAUGUGAGGAGGAUGAAGAAGAAGAGGUAGACAUGUCUACUAGUACAAUUAAAGACGAUUCGUUUAUGUGAUAAGGAUUGGUUUUGUAAUAUAUUUCGUUGGUGGAAAUUUGAUUUGUUCAUCUUUCCAGAAUCCAGAACUGUUCGUCAUUGAAUCAAUAAUUUUGACAUUUCUUUUUAUCUCUUCAUAAACUUCCAGAUUUUUCACCAAAUACAUUGGUUGUUGGCUUUUGCAUCAAACUUAUACUGGAAUGAUUAGUAGGCAUUGUGGCUCAACCAGUUGGGUCUGUGUUUAAAAAUGAAACAUUUCUCGUUCAAUUAUUUCUUUUUAUUAAAAUUGAAAACCAAUUAAGACCUUUAAAAUUUCCUCACUAAACUUGCUUCUACCAUAACCAAACAAAAUUCAUAACUUUAACGUUGAAAAGAAGAAAAGAAAAAAAUCUUUAAGAUCUGAGCACGAGGAUUUCAUAGGAAUCGUUUCCUAUUUCCCUUCCGCCGAAUGGAAUGUAGCAAGCACCAUGACUUGGGUGGAC